UGAAUAUGCUCCAAACACUUGAAUAUAGAUGCUGAUAUGAAUGGAGGACACCCACAUGCCGAAGACAAGUACACCUGACUUGGAGGAGUCCAGCUCCAACCACAAAGCUGAAAUCUCUUCAUUGGACAAGCUGGAAGUGUCAAUGAUCUGUACCAAAGGACAUGGCCGAUAUGCAUCCCACCACUCUGGAACUGCAAAACUGGUCCAAACCAACCUUGGGAAGGACACUAUCCUUGAAAUAAAGGUUCACCUGACAUUUGUCAAUAGUUAUCCUGAGUUGACCAAAAAGAGUCAAUUUUCUUGUGAAGCACUUCUGAGAGCAGCACACAAGCAAAAGGCUGUGUUGGUUGAAAAACAAAUCAAGACAGAUAAAUCCUAUGCAAUGGCUCUUGCUAACCUAUAUGCAGGUCAAAGCCUGAGUUCCAAUCUUCCAUGCCCCAACUCGGACUGCACUAGUGUUGCCCAACCAUUCCUUCGCACACACAGCUAUCACUGUGUCUUGCAGUUCAACAAUAUGCCUACUGCACUAUCGAAGAAGCCUUGUGUGGGUGACAUCAUGGUGCAUCUCAUGAAAGGCCACUAUUUCAAUGGAUCUCAGUCAGUUGGUGUUCCAUUUGCCAAAUGGUUCAAUGAGAUUGUGGAGAACAAGUCUAAUAUCCAAGUGUAUGCUGCACUCUCUUGGAAGGCUAGCAGCUGCCUGUCAAAGUUUAACUUCACUGGCAACCAAUUCAGUGAAGUCUACCUCUUACAUGUCAAAAUCCUGGAAGAUCUUAGAAUGAGAGUGCCAGAAAAGUUUCAUAAGCUUAUGGCCAACAUCUUUGAGGCAAUACAGAAGCUUGGCCAUAACACCAUCUCCACCACAUCACAUGCUGAGGCUCUUGCAUUCCUUGAUAUUGAUGAUGGCAUGGAUAGCAAGUAG